CUCCCGCCCGCGGUUCCGGUGGCAGGUGCGGCAGCGGGGAGCGCCCGCAGCUCCGCCGGGCUCUGGAGCUGCCGCAGCCGGCCCGCCGCGUUUUCCUAGAGUUUUUUAAUCAUCUAAAGACUGAAUAUGGACCCUGAAAAUGAAAUAAAGAAGCAAGUAAACCCCUUUUACUGCAAUAUUUGCAAAAUCUGGUGUUCUUCUGCAUUAAACUUGCAGACUCACUUCCUUGGAACAAAACACAAGACGAUUGAAGAAGCAUUGAAAGUUCAUGGCAUGGUUAAAACAGACAGUUCCUUAGGGAAGAAAUUGAACACACUUGUGAACCUUCCUGAUUUUGUUAAAACAGAAAGUUACUUAGGGAAGAAAGUGAAAACACCUGCAAAACUUCCUGAUUUUGUGCCACUUGAGCCAGAGAAGCUUCAUGGACGGACAUUGGAAGAGCAGCUUAAUACAUGUAAAGAUUCAGAACCUGCACUUGGACUUGAAUACAUAAUAGAAUACCGAACAAAUGACAAUGUUCCUAUUCUCUAUGAAUGUCAACUCUGCUACUUUAAAACAGGACUGAGUAACAUGUUCAUGCAUGUUUGUGGUUCCAAGCACAGACUGGCCUACUUGAGACAGCAUUAUCCAGAGAUAGCACAAUCUGAUGAAGUUAAGUGUAAAGGCUCUGAACUGAACAGAAAAGUUAGGCAAAUUGGAUUAACAAUUGAGAAGAAAGAAGGAAGAAAACAAAUACAGGUUGUUACAAGUGUUCGAACAGUGAGAAGGAAAUGGCAAGAAUCUCUUGCAGAGGACAGCUCUUCAAAUGCUAAAGUUCAGCAUGUGGAUGUGCCCCCUAAUAAUGCAGAAAAAACAGAUGACGAAGAUGAGAAACUGACAGACCCUACUCAAAAUGAAAACAAUGUUCAGGAGGAGAAUGAAGAAAUGCAGAAAGAACAGGCAAAACCAGAUGAACAGGUUGAACCUAAUAAUGCUAUUGAAAGCAGUGAAGGCAAUAACUCAGAAAGGUGUGAGACCAAUAAACAAUCAGAGGAAGAAAACAAGGAAGCUGAGCAGCAAGAAUUUACAGCAAAUCCUGAAGACUUCACUAGUCAAGAAGAACUGUUGGAUUAUUUGCAAAGUUUUGAGAUACUGAAUGAAGAUGAUGCUUCAUUUAUCCUGAAAGUUACACAGACUCUCACAAGUGCACUGGUGGAAUAUCGUCAGCAGGCUGCAUCAAACAAAAGGCACUUGGAUGCUGGAUAUAAUGGAGAAGCAGCACUAGAAUAUUCCACAGAACAGCCUGGCCAGACUUCAGCAGAUAUUACUGUCUCUGACACUGACUACUCAAGCAGCCAAUCAGCUAAACAGUUCUUACCAGUCAAUGAAGAUGAAUCCCAAAACUUUUCAACAGGCUCUUUGGAAACAGCAUAUGAGAACAACAUCACGACUGAGUUUUUGAACAGUGUAAGAAAUAUGAAUGCUGAAGAAGUUACUGCCACCCUGCACAAAAUAGCAGCAUCAAAUCCAGCUUUCAGAGGAAUUGAUAUACCAAAUGUUAUAAGGAUCCUGACUGAAAGUGGAACUCUGAGGGGACCAAGCAAUGGCAGCACACAGUGACAUGGUACUUAAUAGAGAUAAUAUAGUAAUGUUUACUUUCUAUCUGGAUGGAAUUUGAGAAUCCUCAUCCUGAUGGUUUCACAUCUACAUACCAUGGAAUGCAAGAUGCAGUAAAACUAAGGUAACAAAGAAAGUAGUAACAAAAUGUAUGAGUUUUAUUAUAUAACAAACCCAGGAAGAAAAACAGUUCAUGGACAAAUUAAAUCACCAUUUUAAAGAAACUCUGAGGAAUUUCUGGAAUGCGUCUAAAUCUGUUCUUACCAGAGACAGAGAUGGAACCAGAGUUCUUACAGUCCAUUUACUUUGUAUAGGAACAGUGUUAAUGACUGCUUAAUGAAGGUGAACUUAAUCAGUAAAAAUUCUGAAUUCUGAAAAUAAAAAUAGAAACAUCUUUUUCCUGUUUGUUUUCAAGGUGCAGAACAAUUUUUGUAUUAAAAUAAUAAAAUCAGAUUAUUCAGCUGUUGUAAAUGGCUGUCUCUUGAGACAGCUUCUUUUUGCUCUUACUGUGGAAUCAUUCCAAAUAAAGUUACAAUAAAGUUGAAAUAACUUGGA